AUGUCUGUCCAAGUAAAUGUCCUGCCUGCCACCGCUGCAGACUACGAAGAGGUGAUGUCCAUCUCUGGUGGAGUAUAUGAAGGAGGGGACUACCUGCCUUACAGGUACCAUGAAUGGCUGGAGGACCCUCGUAGGAGGAUGUUUCUGGCCAAGAGUGACGGGAAAGUAGUGGGCUUUGAGACGUUCUUACUGGUGGAUGGUGGAGUUACUGCCGUGGUGGAAGGUCUUCGGGUAGCACCGUGGAUGAGAGGACAUGGAGUGGCUGGUAUCAUUCAAAAACAUACAAUAGACACUCUACGUUCUGACCACCCUGAUGUUGCAACACUCCGUCUGACCCAUUCGGAGAAUCCUCCACCCUCCCUGCUGAAGAAGUACACCCUGAUCAGCUCCAAGGCAAUAAAAUCGAUUCUUCUCCCCGCUGACCAGUUUGAAGAAGGGCUCAAGUUGUUGGAAAGUCGAGUGGACAAUUCUGAAAGCUCCAUAAACCACUCUGUCCUUGGACCUACUCAGGUGCUGAAACUCUUUGAGGGAACAAACAUAGAAGACCUACUUCCUUCAGGAAGACUGGUUCAGAGUCGACUUGCUCUGACCACCCAUAGAGCCAACCUGGAGCUACUUCUGGAACGGAGGAUCGUUUGGCUCUAUUCCCAUGCAUCUACCCCCACCUCAUCUGAUUCCACACUUACUACUCAGUCCCAUCACAUUUAUGCUUCUCCUCUCUCAUCAAUAAAUACAUCUUUCCCUCGGUUCCUCAGCCUUGGUACCCCUCCAUACCCAGUCCCAUUUGCAAAGGGUGCCAACCGUGUGGACAUUGACUUGUUUGGUAAUGACCCGGUAUGUGCCAAGAUCCAUGUCCUAAAGCAGUUACAGAUGGGGACACAGGGUCUGCCUGCAGGGGGCGAUAUCAUUUGCGUCCUUUAUGCAGAGGAGAGUCUCCGGGCUGUACUCAAUGACCUGUGCGAAGAGUUAGCUACAUUCUUCAAACACAGGCAACAGCUAGUGUUAGAAAUGAACAUCUCUGGGUUUUGA